AGACACAUGUUGUCGUUUGCGUCUUCUUCUUCGUUUCAGAGCAACAGUUAGAGGAAUCGAAGAAAGAAAGAGGUGAAAAAGUUGAAGAUGUCACAUUCCAGAGAGAUAGAGCUCUGUACGAGAUAUUGAAAGAGAACAAAGACAAGAAGGAUGCUGAGUUUAACGAACGUUUCAAGCACACAAAAAUGGUGGUGGAAUUGUCUAAGCAAGAGCUUGUUCAAGCAGCUGUUCUGCUUCAUCCUUCUUUUGUUACGGUCGAUGAUAUCAAGGGUGGGAAGGUGCCAAUUGCUAUACUAGGAGCUGAGAUUGAUCAGUUGUCCCCACCAGCAAUCUUGAAACAAUUUGAGGAGAUUCUUGCUUCCAAACCCGAGCCAAUACUUUGUCAUUCCAUUGUGGAGAGGAAAUGGUUAUGGUACAAUGUUUGCUCAAGGUGUGUGGUAGCUUUAUCUGAAAGUUACUUUGGUUCUGGUUCUUCUUUCUGUAACCUGUUUCUUCUUUCUGUAACAGGUACUGAAGCUAUGUUUUCAAAUCUUGGCCAUUUCACCUCGGUCUCAAUCAGAGUAAGUGGAGGUUCCAUGUCUGAGUGCUGUACAUCAGUUCUCAGCCUUGCUAGUCAUCCUUUCAACAUAUGUCCAUGCUGGCCUUGUUUGUUACAAAUUCGUGAUGCUGUGCAAGCAAGAGCAGGACAAGACAAAAACCAUGGAGUCAUCCUAAUUCCUGAAGGGAUUGUUGAGAGUAUUCAUGAACUCUAUGCUCUGUUGAAGGAGGGUGUUCAUGCAGAUAACAUUUCUACUCAGCUGUCACCUUGGUCAUCUACGUUGUUUGAGUUCUUGCCUCCAUUCAUUAAGAAACAGCUUGCUUUCGCCUUUCUUGUGUACCCAUGUCUGGUUGUACAAUACAUGGGCCAGUCAGCUUUCUUAUCAAAGAACCUCGGUCUAUUUCCAACAAUUUUUACAGUUCAGUCCCAGAAUUUGUCACAAUCAUCGAACUAUGUAGAUAAGGGGACGCAAGAAUCUUUACAAGACGCUUUGGGAAACCUUUACAAGACGCUUUGGGAAACCUUUCUCAAGCAUCACAUGUUAAAGGUUUUGAUCCCUCACAAAAAAAUCAAGGACGAAGAACCAGCAUAAUGGGUUACUCCACUGUCUUCAUUUAAGCCUCCGGAUUGGAAACCACCUACUCUGAAAGAUGAGGAAUUACUUGAGGACCAGGUGCAUGACAUUGAUCACUCACUAGUGUUUGACUGUUUGUCCCUGAGGAUUCAUGGGCCAAAAUAAUUGAGUGGUCCUCAACUUCCAAUGAACUGAAAAUAGGACCUUCUAUGUUAACAAGUGAGUUAGCAGCACGCAUCAUGGGACCUACAGAGUGGCUUUUGAAUCACGAAAUUGAUGCUAUGAUGUACUUAUUCACUGAGAUGACUACUUUGCGACGAUGGGAACCAAGUAAAGUAGCAUUCAUGAGCUGCAUGUUCAGUAAUCAAAUGAAGACCUCUUUCGAAGAGUUUCGGAAGGACAAGAAGAAAUUCAAAGUAUUAGAACUGCUUCACCGGUACGACAUCGGUGAACUUCCAGCACACGGACGAACAAGACUGAUGUGGGAUCUUGACGUUACAUGCAUGUAUGUUCCUCUAAAUGUCGGUAAACACUGGAUCUCUAUGUGUGUCAACUUUUUUUCUCAGUCGAUAGAGGUCUUUGACUGUGAGGGAUUGAAACACAACAAGGAAGUGGAGCCAUUUGCCUUUCUCAUCCCUAGAAUUGUCAAAUCUGUUCACUCUUCAAAGAGUCGGCAGCAACUCAAGGUCAAGCAAUAUACUGUCAGUUACGCCCCAAUGCCCUACUUACUAAACAAGAGUAACAGUGAUUGUGGAGUAUAUGCCUUGAAGCACAUUGAAUGUCAUCUUCUAGGCUUGGACUUCUCCUUGGUGAAUGACAACAACAUUCGAGAAGCGCGCCAAAAGAUUGCUUACGACCUAUGGGAAGCUGCCAAUGAUCCUGAGAUUAUUUUGAGAAUGGCACAAUACACUCCUCCAAAGAUGAUCAUAAAUCCUCUAGUGGAACUUGAUUGAAGUUCUUUUGUUUAUGACUUGUUAAGGAAGUAGGUUGUUAUUGGCUCUUUUAUUUGACUCUUGUAUUUGAUUCUUGUAGCUACUCUUUAUUUUUUACUUUAUUUGAAACAUUUAGUUGCUCGA